UAAGGAAGGACUUGCUGCCCGUUGGUGGGGAAUGCAGAGAGCAGUUUCCUGCUGGCAGCCUCUCGCAAGUCUGCCUCAGUUGCAUGGGGCACGAUUUUUCCGGAGCUCAUGCCUUUCCCAGGGCAUCUCACAUGCGUGCCUGAGCCAUGCGGGUGUAUAGAGGCCCAGACACUUUGGUCCGGCCACUUCUAACUGACACAAGACCAUUCUGACGGGCAGCACUUACUCCAGAGCUGUCCUCUGGGUUGAUGGAGGUCCGCGUUGUGCCUUUACUUCUCCCUUUGCCAAAUGCAGCUCCUCCCUUCCCUUCACAAGUGUUGAUCUUGCUAAGGAGACUGUCUCAGCACCUGGUUUCAGAGAACCUGCCUGUUACACAUGUGCAAUAUGCAACUACAUGUGCCUGCGCAUAAACAUACACAUAUUAUAUAUGUACAUAUAGAACAUAUGCAUCAUACAUGUAUAUAUGCACAUAUAAAGGUUAUAUACGCACACACAUCCUCUCACACACAUGUACAUUCACACCCAUCCUGGUGUCUGAAGAGCUGCUUCUGUUCCCAUCCAAGGCUAACCACAUCUACUGGAUAUUGAUUGCUCUCCUCUGCCCUGUACCUCAUUCCUUCCUGGCCUGGUGGUCACAGCCCCAUAAUUGUUGUGAGAGAAUGAAGAAGAGCUGCCUCUUCAUCCAGAGGCCCUCCAUUCCACUGGCAUUCCUGAGCAGUGACGUUCUGGUGGAGUCACAAGGGAGAAGAUUCAGAGCGUCGGAGAGGAGGAUGUUCUCCUCUACUUUGGAGUCAAGAGGAGCAGCAGCUAUCCAGAUGGUUUGGAGAUGUUUUGAGAGAAGGCGAGGCAUUGUUAGAAGAAGUGGGAACGCAGAAAAAAAUGAACAGAGUGACCUUGAUGGUUUGGGGUGGCAUGUUGUCUCCAUCUCUUCUGGGAAGUGGUCUUUUUCUGUGGUGCAUGAUCCCAACGGGCAGCGCCACAAGACAUUUGCUGAUGAACCUCGCCCAGCUUUGUUCACUCUACACUUCCCUCGUCAUACAGCCAAAUGCUAUUCUUACAUAUUUUGAAGUAACCAUUAACUGCAUUUGGUGUGCAUCAUUCCUAUGCAUUCUUGACUUUUCUACAUAGAUCAAAUGGAUGUGAGCUGUUCUCCUGAAAGGUGAGCUGAGGGCCAGACAUGGACUGUAAGGAGAGCCAAAUGCAGCUGCUUGUAGAAGUGCAUGCUAUAUUUCAUCAAAAGCCCUCCUGCUUUCAAAAUGACAGAGUCUAAAUACUUCUCUUGUUUCUAGAGUACCAUAGUUUGUGCUCACUGCACAUCCUCAAUUUCCACUGACAUUUGGAGGGCAUGUGACUACCUGGUCAGCAGGAGAGUAUUCCAACAGGAGGUGUGCCGAGAGCCAUAUGAAGUCAUCUUAGUACACCUCAUUUACUCUUGAAGCUGAGCUUGGGUACAUACCAUGUGCUUGGAGACAGAGCCUUGAUGCAGUCUGACUCUAAACUUGCUCAUCAGCUCUAAAUACUCGUUUGCAUGGAGAAUACAUUUAGAAUGAUUUUAAGCUGAGAAUAAAAAGAACCAAUACAUAUUUAAUAAAGUUCGAUAGCACUAAAUAUAUUAUUAGUAUUGAUCUUCAAAGAAAACACCUAUUGACUCAGAGUUCCAAUCCCUUGAAUUGUAUUAUCUGCCAACUCCAGCAAGUUUUCUUGCCCUACAUCAAGACCAGUUCCAAAAUAUUCAGCUUAAAUUCUUAAAUGAGCAUCCCAGUGAAGUCAGAGUACAGUAGAAGAGGCUGAAGGAGGGACAGGGAUAAAGACAGUCUUCCUGAGUGGAGCCACCACACCUGGGAAGCGACAGAUUUUAGCCUCUGUACUAGACCAUGGACCAUACUUGCAUGGUGUCUCCUGUGUCCAGGGCAUUGUGUUGGAAUUCCACAAGCAGCAUUUGUAAGAACUGAAAGGAGAAGGUGUGGUGUGAAAGCCCUGGAGGACCACAGGGAACUGGAACAAUAAUUUCUUCUCUUUCUUGGGUAUGGUGGGGUGAACUGGAGACAAUCCCUAAGGCAUCAGAAACUCUGCCCUGCUCCUAAGCUAGCUGGGCCCAUGCACAAACCCACUAGUCAGAGGGGUGAGUUGUGAAUAUAUAUCCCCUGAGGUCUUCAGAAAUUGUCUUUAUCACUUUAGUAUUUUUUUAAGUGGGCUCCACACUAACCUUGAACUCACUACCCCAAGAUCAAGACCUGAGCCAAGAUCAAGAGUUGGAUGCUUAGCUGACCUGAGCCACCCAGGUGCCCCAUAAUUUUAGUAUUAUUAUAACAAUAUUCCCAAUUCACUUCACUUGUUUCUAACUUCCUCUGAUUUUGAUGCAUUUCGGCUCAACUCAGAAUGCCUUCUCUGACAGAAGUUGGCUUUUGUGGACACCAUAGAGAUAAAUCACUCAGACCUACCUUCAAGAGAACUGCCGUGAAGAGCACAUCUGCUGACCUCCAGCAGCUGCACCUUUGGGUCCUCCAUAGCAUUGGUGUCAAGGUCACAGUCCCUAACUAGAACUGGGCUAUUCCUGCCCAGGGUAGUUCUUUCCUAACAAACUUGUGCUCAGGGCUCCCCAUCAACUUGGCUGACAUCUUCUCCCUAACCCUGUCUGUUCUUUUUCCUUUAAAAGCACCAGACAAACAUAGCACUCUGAAGACU